GUCUGAGCCCGGCCCUCAUAGGGUGACGGACACAGCAACACAGCGCCGGCCGUGUGUGAAAACAGUGCAUCCAUACUGAUGAAAGAGGAAUUUCCCUCUCAGAAGAAAGCAAUCAGAGCACCAAGACAAAGUGGCACAUAAUUGGCAGAGCCGAGAGAGGGGUAGCUGGAGAAAACACCCUUGAAGACAGCCAGCCUCAAGCUUGGGCUGCACUGCAAAUACUUGCGGAAAUACCAACUCCGCAGAUUCCAAAGGGAUCCAGCCAGCUGACCAGCAUCAGAAGCCACUACUGUCUCUCCAACAUCCAACUGAGUAUGUGCCUGGCACUUGACAGGAGAUGCGCAAUGAUAAAUAUGUGUUUUGGCUCUUCCUCGGCGCUGCCUGCGGAGGUGGCAGCCAUCUGUUACUGGGCAUCGUGGCUGCCCUCAGACCUCUGGUGAAGCCCAAGAUCGUUAAAAAGAGGACCAAGAAGUUCAUCUGGUACCAGUCAGAACGCUAUGUCAAAAUUAAGCGCAACUGGUGGAAACCCAGAGGCACUGACAAUAGGGUGCACAGAAGAUUCAAGGGCCAGAUCUUGAUGCCCAACAUUGGUUACGGGAGCAACAGGAAAACAAAGCACAUGUUGCCCAGUGGCUUCCGGAAGUUCCUAGUCUACAAUGUCAAGGAGCUUGAAGUGCUGUUGAUGUGCAACAAAUCUUACUGUGCAGAGAUUGCUCACAAUGUCUCCUCCAAGAACCACAAAGCUAUUGUGGAAAGAGCAGCCCAGCUGGCAAUCAGAGUCACCAAUCCCAAUGCCAGGCUGUGCAAUGAAGAAAAUGAAUAGAUGGCUUAUUGUGCACAUCAUAUUUGUGUUAAUAAAACCA